UCACCUUGCGACCACAUGUUGAAAAAUGUUCCAACAACACAGAGGAAGCUUCCAUCCGAAUCAGCGAGGAUUUCCCGGUCCAAGACCUCCGAAUUUUGGCAGUGGGCCUCCAAGACACCAUGGACCUCCCCCACAUAUACGGCCACCGCCGGGAAUUGGGUUUGAAGAGUUUGGGCCAGGGGGACCAAUGCCUCCUCGUUUCUCAGGUCCUGGACGUGGGGUGGACUUCCCCGGACGCGGAAUGCCUCCUUAUAGGCUCAGGGGUGGAAGAUUUCAUGGAAACAGGGGCGGAUUUCGAGGUCGAGGAGGGAAUUUCCGAGGAGGAUCGCAUCCGAAAAAGAUCAAAGUGGACAAGAGAGACUUGCCAGAAAACAACAAAUUUUACUGUGAUGCCUGUGAUAGGGGGUUUAAGACAGACGACAAGUUUAAAGAACAUGUGGAUGGACAUCAGAAAUGUCAUUAUGAUGGAUGUUCCUACAUAGCGGCUCCCAAACUUGUGAAGUUACACAUAGAUCUGCAACACAGAACUGGCAUGGCCAAAAAAAUUUGGAGUUUAGAAUCAGAGGAAGACAUAAAGAAAUGGAAAGAAGAGAGAAGAAAAAAUUUUCCAACUGCCAGUAAUAUUGCUAAAAAGCAGGCAGAGCUACAGGAGAGGAGAGAAAGGGGAGAAGUCUUGGAAACAAAACAGUUUGGGCGAAUGAACAGGCGGGGUAGAGGAAGAGGUCGCGGUGGUCAUGAUAGAAGACAUGGACACAAGCGGCAGUGGCGUCAGACUCCCAGUCAGUUUCAGAAUGAUGGUAUCCAAGCUGAGGAUGAGAAGGGAGCAAAGCAUAUACGUUUAGAGGAGCCUACCUCAAAGCGAGAAGAGGUAAAAGUACGAGAUCCCACCAUAGACCCUCUGGCCUACGUGCUGGAGGAUGCCUCUGACUCAGACUCGCCUCCCACAGAGGUCCCCCUGCACACAGGCAAGACAGCCCUGCCCUCCACUUCUCUAGCAGGAGGCUUGGGCUCUCUGGCCGCCUCUUAUGGAGAUGUUAGUGACAGCGAGGAGGAGGAAAAGAAAGAAGACAUUAAAUCUGAUAAAAAACCGAGUGCAAUAAAGAAUAAUGGUGCUACAAACAAAGGACACCCUAACCACCUAAGACCAAGGAGGAAAAGAAAAAGAGAGGCAUUCGAACUUCCUAAAAAAGCCACCCUUUUAGAAAAGCUUUUGGCUAAUGAGAUCCGACACGAAAGGAAUGUGAUAUUACAAUGUGUUCGCUAUGUGGUCAGAAACAACUUCUUCAAAGAGAGGUCUUCAGAGAAGUCUUCUUCAGAGACUGAUAAAAUAUCUGACAUUGUAAACACACCUAACUUGUACAAUGAUGACGUGUGGGAAUGAAAGUGAUAGCAAGGGUCUUUCUGACUGGACUUUUAAUAAAGAAAAUUCUGUCUUACAGUUGACCUAACUGUUCUUUGAAAGAACUGUAAUUGUAACAUUUGAGUUCUAAAUACAGCUGAUGAAAAGAUGAACAAUGGACUCCUUCACUCAAAAUCACCAUAUGUGUAAUCUUUGCUGACAGAAGUUAAUCAAAAUAUUCUUUAAAUAAAAAGGUUUUUAAAGCAGUAAUAAGUCGUUCAAAGACAUUUGUUUCAUUAAUAAAAUUUGACCAUAAAUUGGUGCAGCAAUCUCAAAACUCCUUUUGAAGAUAAAAUCAUAAAUUUAUUCAGGCACAUA